AUGAAUCCUAUCAACUCUCUAGCGUUUGACCUUCACAGUGUUAAACUUGCAGACGCGAACUCAGACACUGCUGCAUUAUCAAAUAGCAAUACUCCAACCAUGAACAAUGCGGCUCUUUUGCAAAGGCCCUCCUCCAUUAUGGAUUCUAUUGGCGUCCAAAGAGUUCCAUCUCCUUUUGUGCCAGGGAGUAAUGCGAUUAGUGGAGCCAGUACUGUUCCCUUCAAUGCAUAUGACGCUGAAAUUACUGGAUCUCCGCUACAAAUAUCUGCUAAUCAGGAAAACAAUAGUGCAUUUAGUGCAGCAUCAUCCAACCUGCAUAUGAACGCCAGCAGCCCUUCCGUUCUCAAUAAACCCUCGAGCACAUUUCCAAAUGUAGCUCCUUAUCUCUACAACGCAACAGGGCCUGCCCCCAACGUUGGUAAUCAACCCCCACCACCGGGGAUAGAAUCUCAGUGGAAAUACAUUGACUCUAAUGGUAACAUUCAGGGGCCUUUUGGUACCAAUAAUAUGUCACAGUGGUAUCAAGGAGGUUAUUUUACUCCAACUUUGCAAAUCUGUAGAUUAGCAACAUCUCCUGAGCCAUUUGGUGUAAAUGAUCGGUUUAUUAGACUAGGUGAAUUGACUACUCUGGUGAAUAAUUAUCAAGACCCUUUUGUCGCCUUUGAUUUCAUUGUUAUUAGAGCUUUGAAUGCUGUUCCACUUGUUGCACCAACUUCAUCAGAAAAGCAAAAAGUUGAGUCAAGAGAUUUGAUACCUGUUGCUGAUGUGCAUAGUGAUGAUUUUACGUAUGAAGAAAUCCUUGGCCUUAAAUUUGAAGAUGGAAGUUACUAUCAUGAAACUCAGGUUUGGGUUCCGGUUGACGGCCGUCAUAUCACAAAGGUAGAUCGCAUACCAAAGAUAUCUGCAUAUACCGCUCCUCUAUCCACGACUUCUAGUAGAUCUAAUAAAACCACUUCUUCCCAUGAAGAGAAGGUUCCUUCCCACGAGGAAGCUUCUCCAGAGGAGCAAGAGGUUUUUUCAGAAGAGGGCAGAACUGUUUCUAACAUAACAAAUGAAGAGGAAUCUAUUGUCAAAAAUCCUACUAAGCAGGAGGAAGAAUCUCGAGGAAGCGAGAAAGAGCAAAAUAUAUUGGAUCAAGUUCAACCAGAGAUUGAAGAGGUAGACCGUAAGGAUGUAAUAUCCACUGCUGAUGAGCCGAAAAGCAAAGAUACGCCGCAAAUGACUUCUGAAGAGCAGAAAAGGUUUGCAAAGGCAGAACUGAUGGCACAAAAAUUAUUGGAAGAACAACAAAGACAAGAAGAAGAAAAAAAGAGAAGAGAAGAACAGCGCAAAUUAAAGAAGGAGAAAAAAUUGAAGCAAAAGCAGAAAAAGGAAGAAGAGAAGUUAAAAAAGAAGAAGAAGGAAGAAGGAAAAUUAGAGAAAGAAAAGCAAAAAGAAUUGCUAAAUAACAUUUUAACUGGAGAUACAGAAACUCCAUCUUCCGAAAACACCGCAACUUCCAUAACCACUAAUUUGGCGCCUUGGGCUAACAAGAAACCCGAGGGUGCUGUUUAUAAUCAGAUUUCAUCUGCUCUUGAAGAUUUGAAGAAGGAGAACUCGUCCAAGAAAGAAAAAAAACCUAAUCGUACUCAGUUAGAUCGUGAGCAGGCAUUAAAACUACAGAAAGAAAUAUUAAGCUCGGCGCAAAUUCCGAAAACUCAAACUGGUUCUGCCUGGGGUAUAAAGCCACAGCAACCGAUCAAAGUUGAUAUUAAAGGAGAAUUGAUGAAAGACAGUACCAAAAUUAACAGUCAGUCUAAAAUUAACAAGGCCAACAAUGGUGAUAUUAAACCAGAUUCCACUUUUAUUGAAGAGCAGAAAAAGCUGUGGGAACAAGUUCAAAAGAAAACAAAGAAAUUCAACCGCGCUUCUUCACUCGAUGAUUUCAUUUCAAGAACGCCUUCCCCAUCUUCUUCGGCAUUGAACUCUUCGAAUACUAGCAAUGCGUGGACCACGGUUUCUUCUAAGAGCACAACCCACAUCGCUUCCACCAUGCCUGUCGCUGGUAACCAGUCAAAGUCAUAUAUCAGUUUGGACACACUGCGUUCUUCUGGGGGGUUAUCUACCGCAACAAAAACUAAAAUGAGCGAUAAGAGUAAACAAAUUGGCUCAUCCACUAGUAUCCCGACUUUAAAGGCCCGUCAAGUUAAACCGUCUCGCAUCCCUGCCUAUCCCGGUAACGCUUCUGUCUCUAAGCGUCAAGAAUUUUUGAGAUGGUGCCGAUCCCAAUUAAAACUAAAUACGGGUGUUCAGCCCGAUAAUGUUUUAGAAAUGCUACUUAGCUUGCCCCCAGGUUCAGAAUCCAAGGAAAUUAUCGCAGAUACCAUAUAUUCCUACAGUUCAACAAUGGACGGUAGGAGAUUUGCCACUGAUUUCAUCAAAAAACGUCUAGAAUGCGAAGAAGAAAUUAAUGACCCCUUGAGCUGGAGUGAAGUAUUAGCUAUGCCUGAAGGCAGUUCCGAAGACUGGGAAUUUCAAGUUGUUGGUAAAAAGAAAGGAAAAAGAUUUUGA